UUGUAAUAUGUUGUAAUUGUAUAAUGUGUCCUAUAUAUCUUUAGUACCUAGCUGUACAACGUUGUUGCAAAUGGUCAGACGUAGGUUUAGCCGUUUAGUCACUAAUGAAAUGCACUGCUAACGUCGGCAGGCAAUUAUGGGUAAUGAGAUUGCUCCUCGCUACGGUUACCAUUGGUGACGCCGACGCUGUGAAGAGAUUUACCUCAAUCCAUUGACCUGUUAUUUGGUUAUUUGUUAAAAGUUAGAGAACCAUGACGACAAAACAGAAGAAGGCUUUACAAAGCUCAAUUGAUGAUGUACUUGGAGGUCUUUUGGACGAUGAUGAUUUCCCAGCAAAGACACAAACACCUUCCCGUGAGCGCACAAGGGCCAAAGGUGUACUUCCAUCACGCAGUGGCAAAAAGUCUGUGUUGGAUGAUGACGAAUUCUUCAGUAAACUGGCAGAGGAAGCAGUGAAAGAAGAUGACCUGUCUGACGUGUCUGAGGCCGAUCCUCAAGCUCUUCUGGAGAGCAUGAAGGACAUUGAUGACAUGGAUGCUGAUCUGUUUGGCUCAAAGAAGAAGCCAAGCUCUGCCCCAGCACAGACAAAAAGCUACACCUCAGCAGGUUCAAAGCCAGAGCCCUCAAAACCUGGAGACAAACUGAGGGCCAGUGACACAGACGUGCCUGCCCGUGAGGAGAAGAAGCCCAGGUCAGCACCCGCAUCAACAGCACAGAGUUACAAGAAAUUCAGCUUCCUAGAUGAUGAUGAUGGUGGUGAUGGUGGAGAUGAUGUUCCACCUGGACCACCUGAUGGUGAAAAAGACUUUGAUGAUCCCCUGGAUGACCUACUGGAUGAUUUGGAUCCCCCAAAGGCACAGAAAAGCUCACUGUCAGAGAUAAAAAGUGACAGUCCCGCUGCAUCCCCUCUUGUCAGUCAGAAAAAGACAGAGAAAGCAUCGACAGCCCUGGCUCCAAAGACAAAGAAACGGGACGAGCUGACAUUUGAUGAUGAGGAGGAUGACCUCAUCGAUGCGCUAGGAUUUGGAGAAAUGUCUACAUCAAAGAACAAGACAGCCGCACUGGCUCCAAAGAAAGAGAGUGAGCCCCCCCAAAGACCACGCACCAGGCUGGAUGAGAUCUUGAGCCGAGGGACAUCCCCACACCUGCUGGAGCGCCCCCCAACAGGGGAGAAGAAAGAACAAAAACAGCAGCCACAACAGCAAAAGAACCCCAGUGCCAAAGAUGCUCCAGUUGGAGAGGAGGACUUAACGUUUGGCUCCUACCAGCCCACACUGGCCGGCACCCCAGAAGGAAGACAGUCCCGCAGGCAGUCAGUCAGAUUCUCCACAGAAGAUAUCAGCUCGCACUCACCUGAGCGCAAAUCAAAGCCCAGCACCCCUGCCACACCCACCUCCUCACGAGCCAGCAGGCCUACAGCUGAUUGGCUGGGACUCAAACAGGAUGAUGUUGAUGUAGAGGUCGAGCAGACGAAGAAAACAGCAGGGGGCGCUGUGGCAUCAGACGCCUCUAAAGUUCCUCCCUCCCCACCGUCAAGGCCUGGUAGUGAGAUUGCCACGUCUUCGCCCAAAAUCACCAGAUCCAGACAGGACACUACCAAGGGACUCCGAGAGGUGGGGGAGCAGGAGACGGAGAAAGAGCAGGAGGACGAUUGGUUGACCGGAGCUCUGAGUCGGAAGAAGACCAAGGAGGGGGAGAAGGUGGCUGCUCAUCAGGAUGCUCUCGGCUUGGGAGAGGAAGUGGAUCUGGACUCCUUUCUUAGUAAAGGCCAACCUACUCCAACAUCCCGAAGGAAACAAGAAGACACACUUGAGCUGAACAAAGAUGCAGGAAGUGGCUCUUCAGCUGCACAGAGGCCAGUAAGUCCCACUCCAUCCCUCUCAAAAGCUGGAAGGGGAGACCAACUAAGACCAACCAAAGCCAGUGAAGACCAGCGAGCCACCAAAACCAGAGUACCACAACAGAGGACAGUGGAGAAUACAGCUCCAGUUAGCCAACCUCAGGUGUCCUUGUCAGCAGAAAGCCUUCAGCAGCUUCUACUACAACAACAGCUGGCCAGCGGCUGGGGUCUGGGUGGACCGCUGGAGGUGGGGGUGGGAGCACUGCACAGGCAGCGCAGGGAGACCGAGCAGCAGACAGGGGAGCAGCUGGCCACCCUGCAGGCCCGCAUCAUCCAGCUGGAAGGCCAGGUGCGAACCCUCCAGCUAGAGCGGGACCAGAACCAGAUGCUGCUGGAGAGCAUGCAGCUCCGCCACAAACAGGACACAGAGCUGAUGGAGAACACACACAGGGCUCGCGUGAAGCUGCUGGAGGAGUCUGGGGCUCAGCGGGAGUUGCGAAUGCGGCAGGAGAACGAGGACCUGGCGGAGCGGCUGGCCUCGGUCACGCGGCUGGCUGACCAGGAGCGGGCCGAGCUGCAGGCGCAGCACCAGCGCCGCCUGGCCCAGAGCCAGCAGGACCGGGACCGCGAGGUGGAGAGGCUCCGCGACCUGCAGAGGAAGUCCAUUCUGGAGAUGAAGAAGGACCAUGAGGAGCAGGUCACUCGACUGAAGAGAUUGAAGGACGAGGAGAUUGAUGCAGUAACCAGUGCCACCUCACAAACCAGGUCCUUGACAGUGGUGAUUGAACAGAUGGAGCAAUUUUCGCGGCGGCUGGGGGACCUGUCCUCUCGUGUGGAGAGCACCCAUGAGCACACGACCCAAGGCCUGGAGCAGGGGGCAAGGCAAAGGGACGAGCAACUCAGAGUUAUGCAGGACCGUCUGGGCCAGCAGCAGAGGGCCAUGGCUGAGGAGAGGGCAAGGCUGCAGGAGGUCAUCGCCAAGAUGGACACACAGCUGGCCGAGCAGCAGAGGCAGCUGGAGAAGGAGCGCUGGAGAGUCUCUGCAGAACAGGCGAAAGCAGAGUCAGCCCUGCGGGGCCUGGAGGAGGAGCGACGGACCAUGAGCCAGCAGAUAGGCAUAGAGAGAGAGGAGCUGGAGAGAGCCAAGAGCGCACUGCUGGAGGAGCAGCAGCAGGUAAUGCAGCGCUGCGCUGAGGAGCGCAGGAAGCUGGCCGCCGAGUGGACGCAGUUCCACACGCAGGAGAAGCUGCGGCAGGAUCGCGUGGAGCGGGAGGCCAGCCGCGUUCUGGAGAGGGACGCCCACCGCGAGGGCUCAAUCAUCAGCUUUGCGCAGGAGCAGGCUGAGCUGAAGCUGAGGGCCGGGGAGUUGAAGCAGCGGGAGGACAUGGUGACCCGGGAGCGAGAGGCCCUGGACCGCCUCAGGGAGGACCUGGAUCGGGACAAGGAGAGGCUGAGUGCCACGGCCAUCCGACUCAAAACUCGCGCUCAGGAGGUGGAGAGCUUCAGCAAGCUGGCCUCCGAGAAGUUUGAAGAGGGCGAGAGAGCGCUGCAGGAGGCCCGACAGGUGGAGGCGGAGCAUCAGACUCGUCUGCGCAGCAUCCACGCCCAGAUGGAGCAACUGCGGCAGCAGGAACAACACCUGCACAAGGAGCGAAUGAGGGUAACUGAACACAGGAGAGAAGUUGAAAACAUGAGACACAGCCUCCCCAUACAUCUGCCCCCAGCCCCUAUUUACACAGAUUUUGCACCAGUGGGCAAUAGUCAGCUGAUGUCCUCUCUAGCAACUGUCCAAGUCCAGUCUCCUGGAAACAACGCAACAUCUCCAGAACUGCUAGCCAAAUUGGCGAUGCUCAGACACUCCGCAGAAAAGGACAGAGACUUCCUCCAAGAUGAACAGUUCUUCCUAGCCACACUAAGGACCACACCACACACAUCAUUCCACACGUAACAAUUUUGUACAUUAUGGUUUUUAUUUUCCAAGUGCAAUAAAAUUGAAUUAACACAU